AUGUCGUUCCUUCCUGCUGGGGCAGACCGUGCUGCGGUUCAGGAGCUGGAGGCGCUUUUCCGCACCGCGGACCCAGCAAACACGGGAUUGCUGUCGUACAGCGAGUUCGCCUACCUCAUCCUACGCAGCGGCGGGACGCAGGAACAGGCGGAUGCGCUGAUUGAGAAGUUCGCCGGGCCGUCACGUGCUCAGCGGGUCGUGUACUACGGGGCACUGCUGGAGCAGCUGUACGACUCUGUGGAAGCGACUGCAGAUGCGCGUGGCGGUGUCGAGAACGGCAGUGCAAGACACAUCUCAGAACCGCUACUCAGGAUGUCCUCCCUCGACCGCACCUCCUCCAUACCGACCCUUGAUACGUCCAACAGCUCCCCAUUGCCGACUCCUCCGGCGCUGACCGUCGUCGGGCCGUCGUCGUGGCAUGCUUCCCACUCGCCAACCCCUGGCGGCGCUGGCACCGCUGCUGCUCCUCGUGGCGUCAUGGACGCGAGUCAGUAUGGCAUCCCUCCCGCUGCAUUAUCAUCCUCGCCCUUCUACAGAUCGGUCACCCACGCCGGCGCCGGCGGCCGCAGCGCCUCCACGCUCACCUCGCGGGAGUUGUCCACGGCAACCUACGCAACGUACAGCACAUGCAACAACCGCUCGCUGCCUCACCUCCGCAGCAACAGCAGUGCUACCCCCCUGCGCAGACCGCUUCACGCCCCGUCCUCUCUCAGCUCCUCAAGGUUUGUCGAGUCUGCGCUUCGAACUGCUACAGCAGCGGCGGCGGGGCCGCAUCGGCAGCAGCGGCUCGAUCGCGCGCCGUCGCAGGGCAGCACACAAGUCAGCUGGUCAGCGUCCCGAUCGCAAAGUCGCGAUGAUGUGCGCGCCACUUCUCUUACAGGCUCGUCGGUGAUGGACACGCAAGGUGGUGAGCGUGCGCGCGUGUACGGUGUCACGUCGCCGCCACAGUACGCCGCAGGUGCCGGCCGCUACCCUUAUGCUCCGCGUGCAUGCAACCCAACACCGGUGGGUAUCGGACACCGUCGUCGCGAGAGCUCCACAGAGCGUAUGGUGCGCGCGGCAGCCGAGGCGAGUAUCCACGGCAGACCUCAGCCGCGUUUCAAUGCAGAAGGCGGUACCGGGGCAGGAGAGACCCGUCGUGAAGGGAAGCGCGGUUCAAGUGCGGCUCGUGUGCUGUCUGGCGCACUGCACUCCGCGUCGUCGUCCUCCUACGCAGCGGCGCCACAUCUUUCUGCUACCAAUCGUGCUAGUCGCACCGCUGCACUGCAGGUGGAGAACACGACCACGUCCUUCACCGCGAGCCGCGCAAGUGACUCGUACGUGCGUCACGUAGACCGUAGUGGUCACAGCAGUUACCAUAGCGACGACGCCGCGACGUCCCUUCUAUCGCUACGAGACAUCUUUCAGCGUCAUCUGGCGCCGAGGUCAUCGCGUGAUGGCACCGUGCUGCUGAGCGAGCUGGAGGAGGCGUUGGCGACGCGCGGGGUGGGUGUGCAUCCGCUUGAACUGGAGGCCGUGGCCGACUCGCUGGAGCUGGCCGCCGGGACGGCGGCCAUCGAGCAUCAUGGCAGUGCGCUACAGCACCGCAGCUUCAGCACGAGCCUGAGGAACGGCUUCGGGGCAUCGGUCGCUACAGCUGGGCGCAUACGUUGUGACUCAGCGCAUCCCUGGCCUUCAACCAACGCCUCUGGCAUGGAUAGCACGGACGCCUCCGCAACGACAGCGAGUCGGGCCACCAUCACCGGCGGUGCGGAUCGGGCGCUGAGUCUCGUCGACUUCUGUGUGCUGGUCUCUCGUCUGCGCCCGGCACUCAUUCAGCGUAUUCGCAGUCCCGGUGUGUGGGAGGGCGCGACAUCCAUCGAUGGCGUCGAGGUGCCACUGAGCCGUCAGCCUCCGCAGGCCAACAGCCGGCUUGAAUCUCGGAGAGCUGUGAGGGUUGAUGACGGGGACAGCAUUGCAGACGUGACGGUGUCGCCGAUGACCCCAGAAGCGGCCACCUCUGCAACGCCGCAGUCCACCGUGUCCUCGUCGAGCACGCGACCACACUCCUCCGCACAACGCCGUCAUCGCCGGCGGCGCCCUCUCGUGCGGCACCGUUUUGCCGACAUGCACCGCCCAUUAAAUGCGACGAAGGUGCGCAGCGCGGCCGCGUCGAUAUUGUCGUCCACGGCGCCGCCCACUGCCCGGCAGCUCUCGGCCGAUCAGCAGUUUACCGUUGAGCACGCGCAGCGGGAGCCGCGGCGCAGUGAGCGAGAGGAGGAUAGCGAUGACGGCCACCAUGCCUCUGUCAGAUAUGCCCAGCCAACUGCCGCUUCCGAGCAGCGGAGCAGUGGACUGCACGUGCCGUCAGCCACGACAGCGCGGCUAAACCGCACCAAGAUCCCCCUCUGGCACGAUGACCGACGCCCCAGUGCGCGCGGCAGCUACACCAACGCCACUCGCUCGCCGUCGUCCACGUCACCGGGUAACUCACGUAGCUUGACCUCACCCGACGAGCGCCAUCAUCCGCAGCAGCAGCGGCCGCACCGCGCCCACAUCGCUCUCCGCAGUCCCACCAGCGACUUUUCGCCUCGCCUCGUGCGCGAAGAGCUGGGCGAUGGUCUCGCACAUCGUGGUUAUGGAGAGAUGUCCGAGUCUUCGCCAACGACGACAUCGGCACCGCUCUCGACGACUUCCAGGUCGCCAUCGUCGCCGGAGUCCACCAACAAGAAAGGUCCGACAUCCUCGAUGCUGGCGCCGCGUGUUCUGGAUACGCUUCAAACUGCCGCGUUGGCGCUGUUGCGCCGCUGUGCACAGCUGGACAGUCGGCACACGGGGUGGAUUGCACCGAGUGCGUGGCUGCGCGUACUGCGAGACGCCUGUCCAGCCUUGACUGAUGCAGAGCGACUCCGUGUGUACGAAUGGAUUCGAGCAAGAGGGAAGCGGUCGGCCCGUGCCAACGACUACGCGGCGGUUGUGGAGGAUAUUUUGACAGAGGCGAACGUUGCCCCUCUCACCCCCGCGUCUGGCGCGAAGAGCAGCGCCGUCCGGCAUGGUGACAGUACCGCGGCAACCUCGCCGCCUCGCGCCCCCGCCACUCGGAUGCGCAGCUAUCCUCAACGGCAAGAUGCGCCUGCGACAAGGUCAUCGGUACCAUACACGUCGACCACGAAGGGCGCUUCACCGGCCUCCAGCCGCUCGGCAGCGAAGCCGCGUACGGUCGUACGCAACGCAUCGAGUGGACGGGUUCCUGUCUCCUCAUCAUCCCAUACCACAGCGAAUGGUCAGACGGCUGACAAGGACGCGAAGCGGCUGCUUGCGCACGAGCUGAUGACGGCCUGUGGUGGCGACACGGAGGCGCUUCUGGAGUACUUCCGCGCAUUCGACGAGGCUGACACUGGGUUCCUCGUCGAGCAUGUGUGGCGAGCCAGCUUGGAGGAGCUGUUUCGACGGACAGAAGGUCAAGAAGCGCCAGCGUGGGUCGUGGGCGGGUGUGUGCGCCUCUCGCGUGUGCCACUGGAGAGACCGGCUGCCACACCGUCGCCGCAAUGCGGCACACCACCGCCCGUUUCUCCUGCGCUCUCCGCCGCACGCGCACGCGUCUCGCGGGUACCGCCAGCGAUGCGUCGCACGCUGUGCGAUUACCGCUACGUUCUGGAGGAGCUCGGCAUUCAUGCAGACGGGUGA